UGACGUAAUUUUAGAAUAGACAUACUGGCAAUUCGACUAAAACAAAAUAAUUAAAUAUUAUUAAAAAAAAAAAACUAACACUUAUACACUCAACUAAUUACCUAAAUAAUAAUAAAAAUAAAAGUAAUAGUAAUUUUUUUUAGUCACAUAAAUAACGACGUUUGUAAACAAAAAAAAGUGUUACGUCAACUUUGAGGUUAUUUGUAAAAAUGUCUUUCCAUAAAUGACAACUUUGAAAUGUAUGAUAGUAAUUAAAGAAAUUAUUUUUUAUUUAACUACACGAGACGUUUAUUAGCAUAAUUAUUAUUGUCAUUGUUUUUUAUUAUUUAAUUUUUAAAAAAUGGCAUCUGGUGCUGAAAACACAACUGAUGAACGUACUGAGGCAGUGCCAAUUCAAACUGUUAGUAAUUCAAGCUCCGAAACUGGACAUAAAGGAAUUGGAGAUAAAGAAACUGAAUUGAGUGGAUCAGUGCAAAAAAAAUCACGUGCUGAAGUUCAAUUAUUACCAACGAGACAAUACUUGGAUCAAACAGUGGUACCGAUUUUGCUACAAGCAUUGUCGAGUUUAGCUAAAGAACGACCAGAGGAUCCAAUAAGUUACCUCGCUUCCUACCUAUUAAAAAAUAAGAGCCAGUAUGACAACAGUGGCUCGCCACCAGCUAGCCAGUGAAUAAACAAAUGAGGAUUACGAAAAAAAUAACGAUAACAUUGACAUGUUAAAUUUUAAAAUAAUAUACAUACAAAAAAAAACUUAUUUAUAUUCUUGUAUUAAAACUAAAAACUUAACGUCUUCUAACCACUCAACUGAUUAAAGGUGAUUUUUAUUGCCGGUAAUUUAUAACGAUAAUAAUAAUAAUAAUGAAAUAAAACUUGUUGAUUAACUUUAUUAA